AUGGCGAACAGCAACAGCAACAAGUAUCGCCCCAUGAGCAUCGAUGCCAUGCUUGACAUGGAGCGGCAGGAGGUCCUCGCUCUGCUAGAGGGCAAUAGCGAAAUGCAGUCUGCCUCGUCUGUUAGAGGCGGGCGGUCAGAUUCACCCUACGCGUCGCGUUCCCCUGUUCGCAGUAUGCUAGAUAUUGCGGAGGACGAGAUCCCUCCGAGCAACGCCACGUCUUCUUCCAACAGAGGUGCUCCCGCCUCCCAUGGCCCCGUCAGGAGCAUGCUCGAUGUUAAGGCGCCGCCUUCUCCACAGCUGGUCCGUAGCAUGCUCGAUGUUAGUGGCCCUGUGCCGGACUCUCCUAGACGAGCUGGCCGCAGCUCAACUCCAAGCUCUCCUCUACUGACCUCCAGCGACCCUACCUUGAGGCAGUCGCCAACUUCGAGCUUGACACCACGGAGUAGGUCUGAUGCUGGACUGCUUUCUGAUGCUGGACGGGGCCCACGAAACAGUCUGAUUUCCAACUAUCAAUUCUCUAGUAUACUGCCGCAUAGCUCAGGUCCUCAGCCGUCAGUGAGAUGGUCGUCUUCGAGAAACAGUAAGGGUAACAAGAGAGAUAGUGGAGGAUCCCUAGGCCCUGAGGGUGCGCUUCCUGCGGAUAGGGGCCGGUCUCCGCUUGGAGCCUCUCGGUUUUUUGGCGGACCUAAAUCUUCCCAAAAUCGUCGCUGGAGUAGUAGGUCUCAAUCACCAGCGACGUUUACUCCAUCACAGCUGCCCCCGGGCAAGGCCCUUUUGAAAGAUGGCCAAGUGAUGGACCUCAACAGUGCCUAUAGAAAACUGUCCGAUGCGAAUCUCAUGCAUUCUAGCGGAAGCUUGGCGCAGCUGCCCAUGCGGAAGAAAGAGAGAGAAGCUGGAGAGGGUAGGCUGGUCAAAGAUUAUGUCGGACCGGAUGGCGAACAGCUCGAUUCUAGUGAAGAAGAGGAAGAAGAGUCAUCCGACGACGAGGACCGAGGACGUAAGAAGUCACCUCGAUCGUUGAUACACGGUGCAGGGUCCAGCAACGGGGAGACCGCAGCCAGCGGCUUGCUGCCUGGAGGGCGGCAAGCCUUGAGCUUGCUUGCGGCAGCGGAACAAGAACGUUCACAGGUAGCAUCUCAGCAGCCUCAAUAUCAGUACCGCUCCCUGAUUGCGGAGCCUGAGAUCAAAAUAACAUCUGCAACCGGGGAGGCUGCAAAGCCGUCAAAGUCCAAUAAGGGCGUCCAUCCGGCCACCAGCUAUGACCAGGGCCCGAUGUCGCGGGCACCAUCUAUGAAGGACUCGGAUGACGAAGCGGAUAUAGACGAUAUCAAGAGGGCCCAGAAUUUGUCCUUUUCAAUGACCAACAUAUUAGAAACGCCAGAGGCUCAUCGUGCUAUCCGUAUCAUCUAUCGUGGAGAUUACAAUAGAAUUGUCCAGGCAGCUGAAGAAGAGAACCACAGGCUCCGAAAAUAUCUGGUGGCCACAGAUCUCAGCGAUGAAUCAACUCAUGCCCUCGAAUGGGCAAUCGGCACAGUCCUUCGAGAUGGCGAUACUCUGGUCGCGAUUUAUUGCAUCGAUGAAGAGACAGGCAUAACGACAGGCGAUGGAUCUGUGGUGCCUGAUGAGUCAAAGGCUAUGAAAGAGCAAGCGGCAGCCAUCAACAUGAUGGCAAACGCGAAAGCAGCACCAGCGCAGAUGAACUUGGUAUCUGAAUUUAAACGUAGCUCGGCAUUUUACCUACGAGGCACCGGCUCCAAUGUAGGUACGCCAAGAGGUACGCCCAGAGGUACACCAACCAGCUCGCCAGCGCCGCUGUAUCGUGGCGACCGUUUCAAGGCUGAGCAGGAGCGCAAUCGCGCUGUGCAGGAGAUUACAGACAGGGUUCUCCGUCUCCUCAGGAAAACUAGGCUUCAAGUGAGGGUCAUUGUGGAGGUGUUGCACUGCAAGAAUCCACGACACCUCGUCACGGAGGUGAUUGACCUCGUCAAUCCUACUCUGGUUGUGAUUGGGAGUCGAGGCCGAAGUGCGCUCAAGGGUGUUAUUCUGGGGUCAUUCUCUAAUUAUCUGGUCACCAAGAGCUCGGUACCCGUCAUGGUAGCCCGCAAGAAACUGCGGAAACAGUCCAAGUACAAGCGAACACCGGUGAGGCAGGUGAACAACAUUAGCAAUCCAACGGCCAGAAGCUUGGCCAACGCCAAAGUUGACUAG